AUGAGGCCUGCCCGCAUCGGGCACAACACGCUGCGCGACUGCCGAAGGGCAAGGCCUGCCGAAGGACUGCCAAAGCCUGGCAUCGGCGUCGACGGCGCCAAGGCGAUCGCCGAGGCGCUUCAGGGCAACGAGGUGCUGAAAAAACUCAACCUCGACGGCCAUGAGCUCGACCUGCCGAAGCUGCGCGGCACCGACCCGGUCGAGUCCCUCGACCUCUCGAGCUGGAGCCUCGGACCCGCUUCGGCCAUCGUGAUCGCGUCGUUGAUUGCGGGCAACGGGGUGCUGAAAAGGCUCCAUCUCGGUCGUAACUACAUCGGCGACGAGGGCGCGAAGGCGAUCGGCGGCGCUCUCGCAGUCAACGGGGUGCUGAAAAACAUCAACCUCAGCUACAACAAUUUGGGCGAUGAGGGAAGGAAAGCGAUUCACGAUGCGGUGAGCGGGCGGGAAGGGUUCGAGCUCGAGAUGGUGCUGACGAGCAUCGAGAUCGACCUCCGCGGCAACAAAUUCGGCGAUGAGGGGAAGAAAGCGAUUCAGGAUGCGGUGAGCGGGCGGGAAGGGUUCAAGCUCGAGAUGUGA